AACCUCCACUCGCUCCUUUCUCUGAUUGGUUAGUCCAAAUGUCCCUCUAGUCACUGCCGAGUCAUUUGCAUGAAGAGGAGACUAUAAAUCGGGAAUGAUUUAGGGAACGCCUUCCUAGGCGCACUCCGCUGAUGCAGUCGGGACAAGAACAGUACCGAGCUAUUGUGAGAAACGAUACCACAAAGAUGUCUUAUAAAGUAGGCUCGCAGUCUUCUUACAGGAAGAUGUUCGGCGGGGAGAGAGUCGGGUCCGGGUCCGGGUCCAGGACCAGCUACUCCACGCGCCAGUUCUCCAGCCCGGUGCGCUCCUCCCGGGUAUCCUACGGGCUCUCCUCCGCCCCGACCGUGUACGCGACCAAGACCCAAAGGCUCCGGAGCAGCGCGGCCAUGCCCCGACUGGCCUCCGAGAACCUGGACUUCUCCCUGUCCGACGCCAUAAACAGCGAGUUCAUGACGAACCGCACCAACGAGAAGGUGCAGAUGCAGUCGCUUAACGACCGCUUCGCCAACUACAUCGACAAGGUCCGCUUCCUGGAGCAGCAGAACAAGAUCUUGCUGGCGGAGCUGGAGCAGCUACGGGGCAAAGGCACGUCCCGGGUCGGAGAUCUGUACGAGGACGAGAUGCGGGAGCUGAGGCGCCAGGUGGACCAGCUGACCAACGAGAAGGCCCGGGUGGAGGUUUACCGGGAUAACCUGGCAGAAGACAUCGACAGGCUGAGAGAGAAGUUGCAGGAGGAGAUGUCCCAGCGGGAGGAGGCUGAGGGCACCAUGCACAAUUUCAGACAGGAUGUGGACAAUGCUGCCCUCGCCAGACUGGACCUGGAACGGAAGGUGGAGUCCCUUCAGGAGGAAAUCAACUUCCUCAAGAAGCUGCACGAUGAGGAAAUGUUGGAGCUGCAGAACCAGAUCCAGCAGCAGCAGCAUGUGCAUGUGGACAUGGAGAUGGCUAAACCUGACCUGACAGCUGCUCUGAGAGACGUCCGUAUGCAGUAUGAGAACCUGGCCUCCAAAAACCUCCAAGAAUCUGAGGAAUGGUACAAAUCCAAGUUUGCUGACCUCACCGAAGCUGCAGCCAGGCAUAAUGAUGCUCUGAGAGUGGCCAAGCAAGAGGCCAAUGACUACAGACGCCAAGUGCAGUCCCUUACUUGUGAGGUGGAUGCCCUUAAAGGAACUAAUGAGUCCAUGGAGCGCCAGAUGAGGGAGAUGGAGGAGAACUUCUCCCUGGAGACGGGCGGUUACCAGGACACCAUCGGCCGCCUGGAGGAGGACAUUCACAACAUGAAGGACGAGAUGGCUCGUCACCUCCGGGAGUACCAGGACCUCCUGAAUGUCAAGAUGGCCCUGGACAUUGAGAUUGCCACCUACAGGAAGCUGCUGGAAGGAGAGGAGAACAGAAUCACCACCCCGUUGCCAAACUUCACAUCUCUGAACCUGAGAGAAACAAUGAUUGAUUCCAAACCCCAUUUUGAAGCUACAACAACCAGGAAGGUUCUCAUCAAGACCAUUGAGACCAGGGACGGUCAGGUGAUCAACGAGUCAACCCAGAACCACGAUGACAUGGAGUAAUAAUAUCUUUGUAUUUGCCAAACAAUCAACAAAAGCAAAAUGAAGAAACAUAUUUCACCAGGGCUACAAGCAAGCAAACAAACGAACAACACAAAGAGCAAACCGCUUCAAAAAGUGCCUUUACAUGUGAUGAUCCAGUAAGACUGUUAGUGGACACAGACUGUAUUUUGCUUCCUUCUCUGCUGAAAGUAUUAUCUUUUGUUACAUUCGUUUAGACACAGUAAUGAAAUCACCACAACAUAGAAAUCCUUAUUGAGGUCUACAAGAGUCUUUAUUUGUAACCAACGUAGUGUUUUUGAUCAAUACAGCAUGCACACUCCAGGAAAUCUGUAUGCUAAAGAUGUCACAAUUGCCUGUACGCAGCAAUAAACCAGUAAGACCGUAACUCAACACUGUGCAUUAGGUGUAAUACUUUGCUGGUAUUUGCUGGUAUUGCUGGUAAUACUUUGAUGGUAAUGAAAUAGAAGUAGUAAAACAAUGCCUCAUAU